CGCCGCCUCCAGUCCCCGCUCAGUGUCAGGAGGACGGGAGGUUCCUGUCUGCGCCGCAUUUCAAAUCCGGUCCCCGCUGCUGCAAGAAGUCCGGAGUCUCCAGCUCCUCUCAUGCGAUGAACCAGCCGCCACAUGAUGAGUUUGAGACGUCCUUGGAAAAGGCAGAAGCCUGGAUGAAAGAGAUCCACGAGCGGCUGAAAGAAAAUGACAACACCCAGGGCCCCCGGUCAGCGCUGGAAUCCAGGCUCAGGGAGACGGAGAAAAUCUGCAUCCUGGAACCUGAUGGGAAGCUGCUUGUCGAUAAAGUCCUGAUGAAAGCCGAGGUUCUGCUGAGUGAGAGCAGCGAGGAGGAGACGCACGAGAUCCACCUGAAGCUGGCGAAAAUCAAAGGCUUGUUCGAGGAAACCACUACGUACAUGAUCCACUGUCACAGCCGCAUCGAAUGGGUCUGGCUGCACUGGAACGAGUACCUGAGGGCGCGGGACGAGUUCACGCUUUGGGUUCACAACAUCGUCCUGACCCUGGAGCCGGAUGUGGAGCUGCAGCUCGGCCGGAAGGAGAAGCGAUGGCAAUGUGAACAGGCCCGGGUCCUGAUGAAGGACGUCCUCCACCACUCGCUGCUGGUGGACCGACUGCUGGAGGAAGCCGCCUCCCUCUACAACCGGAUCGGGGACCCCAGCGUGGAUGAGAGCGUCCAGAGCGCGAUAAUGGCCGAGUACAUCCGGAUAAAGAAGAAGGCUCAGGAGCGGGUAGAACAACUUGAGAAGAUCUGGAAGGAUCAUGAGGCCUAUGAGGGGGACGUCAAUGGCUUCAAAACCUGGCUGAACGGUGUGAUCGAAAAACUGAAGCUUUAUGUCGGAGCAGCUUCUGAUUCUACGGAAAACAGACUGGACAUACUGCAGGAAAUCAGUAAAGAUGUGGAAAGUGGUCAUAAACAGUUAGAAGUCCUGGAGAUGAAGUCUGCGCAGGUGAUUAAGAACACGUCUCCUAUGGGAGCUGAGAAGAUCUGCAAGGAACUGGAAGAACUGCGCAAAACCCUGAAGGAGUUAAAACAGAUGAACGAUGAAGAGGAGGACACUCUGCUGAAGACGCACAACUCUGAGAACGCCUUCCUUCUGCUGGCGCGGCAGCUCGAGGCCAACAUCAAUGAAUUCCGUAAAGCCACACAGAGGCUGGAGGAGAGCCUGGAGUCCGGGGAGAGGGUGAAGAGCGAAGACGACCUCAUAAACCUGUGGAAAACCCUGAAUGCCACAAAGUCUGCACUCGCAGCAGAAGAAGCCAAAGCAGAACGGGUGAAAGUGCAGCUGAGAGAUCUCUUCAAAUUCUCCAAGGAUGUUCAGCCUCUGUCUGAUGGAGUCAUCUCAGCCAUGCGUGACUAUCAGAGAGCAAAAAGUAAAGCCUUCAAGCUGAGCACUGACACGGAGUCUGAACUGAGGCAGUUGUUUCAGAAUCCUCUACGGGAAUUUCUCUACUGGAAACCGAUCGCUGAGAGUGUCCUGGACGCCACCGCUGUCCCCGUGAAUGAUGGCGCCAUGAAUCACGAUGCCCUGGACAAUAUUGAGAAGUUACUUGAGGAAAGCGGCACAAUUAAAGACAAGCUGGCGGCCCUGGAGAAGAAGAAGGAGCGCAUACUACUCGUCCUCGGCGAGGAGAAAACCAGGACGCUCCUGCAAGAUGUUGCUACCGCCGAAAAAGAGAGAGAAGCCCUUCACCAAGAUCUCCUGCAAAGGAAGAGUAGUUUACAGAGUUUGGCUGAGCAGAGAAAGGAGUUUGAUUCUGCAUUUAAAGCCUUGCACCAGAAGAUAUCUGCCAUCCGAGUAAAAAGCAUGAAGGAAAAUGAACUGCAACCGGAUAUUAUUGGGAAGGAGGCGCAAAUUCAAAGACUGCAGACACUGCUGGAAGAGUUAAUGAUCCUCAGUUCCCCCAUCCAAGAGUUAAUUUCCGCAACCAGAUCGCACUCGACCCACGCACACAGAGCCGAGCAGAUUAACUCAGAUUACCUAACACUGCAGAGGUCUUUGGAGACCAAGAUACGGAAAAGCAAAGAGAAUAUUAAUAACCACCGGCUGUUCAGCCAUAAUCUGCGAGAUCUCCAGCACUGGAUCACGAUCACCCGCCAGAAGCUGGAAUCCUACCAAAAUGGUGGCAAGAAUUGGGGCGAGAGGGAUGUUGAGGCGCUGGUGGCUGAGUUGUCAGAAAAGGAAAUACAGCGCCAUCUGGUGGAAGCUCAGGGACAGAAGGUGAUGGACACCUCCUCGCCAGAAGGCGCCGCACUCAUCCAGGCAGAACUCAAGCAGCUGAUUGAAUCCUGGAAAUCUUUACAGCAGCUGUGUGAGCAGAUCUCCAGGGGCGUGAAAGAGAAACCACGAAAAUCAAGUCCCAAAUCUGUGCAGAACCCCGCGGACGUCACAAAAAAUCGGACAUCCAGCCCCGUCUCACAUAUGGAUACAGACAACUUCCUGCAGAGGGACAAGACCCCGACCUCCAAGAGGACAGGCACAAGUAUCAGCCACGAAGGGCAAGUCGUUCACAUUAAUUCUCUCGAUGACGUCCGGGUCAAUGGCUCUCCGAGGAACACGGGAUUUCAGGAAUUUGGGGGCUCGUCCGGGACCAGCUCUAAUUUCAGGACUAACAGUAUUACAGAAGUGGCGGACGGAGCCCCUGGUUAUAAUAAAUAUAAUAAACCGCCUGAAGUGUCGGGAAAGAAGGAGAACUCCCGCAGGAUCUCCGGCUCUGGUAAUGGAAGCAGUUCUCCAGCUAGAUCCAAGAAUUCAAGAAACAAGAGCGCAGCAGAGAAGAGGAUAGAUGGGGCGUGCAGCAUUGACCGCAGCAGCUAUGAAUUCAGAGUGAUCGGCCAAGAAGAUGAAAAAUCGGAGAGCCCGGGCAGGAUCUCCGGCUCUGGUAAUGGAAGCAGUUCUCCAGCUAGAUCCAAGAAUUCAAGAAACAAGAGCGCAGCAGAGAAGAGGAUAGAUGGGGCGUGCAGCAUUGACCGCAGCAGCUAUGAAUUCAGAGUGAUCAGCCAAGAAGAUGAAAAAUCGGAGAGCCCGGGCAGCAUUGACCGCAGCAGCUAUGAAUUCAGAGUGAUCGGCCAAGAAGAUGAAAAAUCGGAGAGCCCGGGCAGCAUUGACUGCAGCAGCUAUGAAUUCAGAGUGAUCGACCAAAGAGACAGAAGCCAAGAAGAUGAAAAAUCUGAGAGCCCGGGCAGUGCUGACACUGAUGGGCAUUCAAUCAGGAGCACAAGAAACACUGACAACGGCAAGAAGAAUAUUUCCAUCGACCAUGGGUUUGGACAGAUUGAGAAACGUGGAACUGGUGGCCGAGAAGCGAAUGGUGAUUCUGGGGAAGGCGACGCUCAAGGAUAUGGAUCGAACUUUGUCUCCGUGAGGUUUUCCAGUCCGGACCGUAGAACAAGUCCUUCUCAUCCACCGCCAAAGAGCCCAGCAGUGGCCAGUGGAGGACUGACGGCCAGGACCAGCCUCCUGCAAGAUGGCGAUCUUCACCGCAGAGCUGGAUAUCGGAUUUCUCCGGGAAACCUACAGAUCACCUCUGGUUUUGUUGCAGAAGAGAAUAUGAACUGGACAGGAAAAUCUCCCAAUAAUCCGGGCGCAUCCAGGAGGAACCAGAAGCUUGUGACCCUGGCCGAGUCUGUGGACAUGGUGGAUGCUCCUGGUGCACAGAGAACUGGAGGGAAUGAGGCAAGUGACGAUCACAUGAAGCUGCUGUUGGAGUUCGAGCAGUGGCUUCAGGCAGAAAGCUCAAAACUGAACCGGAUGUGUGCGUCCCAUAUCUCCAGCAACAGCGAAAUAAAAACACGGCAAAGUCAUCUACAGAAGUUGCAGUCACGGGUCCCUCAAGGACAAAAACUCUUUGAGUCCCUCCUGCGCAGCAGAUCGUCCAUGACGGUGACUGAGGACCUGAAACUGGAAGAGCUCCGCUACCUCUGGAUGCUCUACAAAUCCAAGCUCCGUGAUUCUGGGAAACAUACGAAUCUGAAAAUAUCAGAAGAGCCAAGAGGCGUAAUCAAGGGAUCGGGAGGGAUCUGCUCCUUCCUGCACCGGGUGUGUUGCGCUGCGCUGCCUCUGCAGUUGUUGCUGCUCCUCCUCCUCCUCUUGGCGUUUCUUCUUCCUCUUCUUUAUGACUCCAAGAACUGCGCCCUGUCCAACAACUUUGCACGUUCCUUUAACCUGAUGCUUAAGUACGACGGGCCCCCUCCCACCUAAGGACCCGACCCCGAGAAUCCUGGAUAUACUGUAAUCACUCUAAUAUGGCAGCUGUACCUUCAUCUUGUAUAUAGUCAUACUGAAAAAUGCUGACCGGCCGGUAAACCCUAGCACUGCCAGCAAUGAUAGGGUUAACCACUCCCUGUAUAUAACUGUGAUAUAUUUAUAUAAAAUGACAGCGUAGCGCGUUCUAUAUUUUAUACAUUGUCGCACUAUUUAUGGCUUUUAGGACCGGUAAACGCUCUUUUUUAUGUAAAUGUAUAUAUUGGAUUAUUA